UAACAAUCUACAACAGUGGAUGACUCGAUGAACAGGAAACAUUAUGGAGCUCAAACAAGCUGAUGAGCAGCAUUUAGGCAAGAGCAAACAGGACAGAAGUUCUAUAGGAAACACCGAUGACGGCCUGAAAUAUAAUAGUGGGCGCGUAGCCUAUGACUUCAGCUGCAUCCAUAGCAAAGAUCUGCUCCCAGCUGAGGAUGGAGAGGAGGCAACUAAGCAUUUCCUGGAGGAGCUGGUAAACAUUUUGCUGGCCUACAUCACUAAAUCCCAGAAACGCAGCUCCAAAGUUCUGGACUUCCAUUAUCCUCACCAGCUUAAAGAAGGUCUGGAGGGAUUCAGCCUGGAGCUCCCUGACCAGCCAGAUAAUCUUGAGCAAAUACUGGUGGAUUGCAGAGACACACUGAAAUAUGGAGUUAAAACAGGUCAUCCUAGGUUUUUCAACCAGCUGUCAACUGGACUUGACAUCAUUGGUCUGGCCGGAGAAUGGUUGACGUCCACAGCAAACACAAACAUGUUUACUUAUGAAAUAUCCCCAGCCUUUAUACUAAUGGAGGAGGUAAUUCUGAGAAAAAUGCAUACAAUUAUUGGAUGGCCUGAGGAGGACGGAGAUGGCAUCUUUUGUCCAGGAGGUACCAUGUCCAAUCUGUACAGUGUGUUGUUGGCUCGGUUCCAUUUCUUCCCGGCGGUGAAGACCCAUGGGAUGUGCGCCAUUCCUCGCCUGGCACUGUUCACCUCUGCGCAUAGUCAUUAUUCAAUCAAGAAGUCUGCAACGGUCCUCGGAAUUGGCUCUGAAAACGUUAUUGUCAUCAAAUGUGAUGAAAGGGGGAAAAUGAUCUCAUCAGAACUGAACUUCAGCAUUGAUGCAGCAAAGGCGAAGGGUCUGGUCCCAUUCUAUGUCAAUGCAACUGCAGGAACCACAGUCUAUGGAGCUUUUGAUCCUCUAAAUGAAAUUGCAGACAUAUGUGAACACCAUGGCCUAUGGAUGCAUGUGGAUGCUGCCUGGGGUGGUGGUUUGCUCAUGUCCAACAAGCACCGUGUAAAACUGCAAGGAAUUGAAAGGGCUGAUUCUGUUACCUGGAACCCCCACAAAAUGAUGGGUGUCCCAUUGCAGUGUUCAGCCAUUCUGGUAAAGAGGAAGGGCCUCCUGCUGGAGUGCAAUCAAUUGUGUGCCGAGUAUCUCUUCCAACCUGACAAGCAGUAUGAUGUGUCCUAUGACACCGGAGACAAAAGCAUUCAGUGUGGAAGGCAUGUGGAUGUCUUCAAACUGUGGCUCAUGUGGAAGGCGAAGGGCUCGGAGGGUUUUGAAGCACAGGUCAACCACUGCCUUGAAAAUGCAGAGUAUCUUUACAACAAGCUGAAGAGGAGAACAGAUUUUAAACUUGUCUUCAAAGCAAAACCCGAACACAGCAAUGUCUGCUUUUGGUAUCUCCCAAAACGAAUGCAAAACUUUCCUCCUGGCCCAGAGCGAGACAAAGAACUUAAUAUGGUGGCUCCAAAAAUCAAGGCAAAGAUGAUGGAGGAAGGAUUUGCAAUGAUUGGCUAUCAACCUCUCGAAGAUAAAGUGAAUUUCUUCCGUUGCGUUUUCUCCAACGCAGCUACCCAGAGGGAGGACGUAGACUUCCUAUUAGAUGAAAUUGCUCGUCUGGGCUGUACACUCUAAAUCUGCCAGAGAACGAUUUCACUCCUGUGUGGGGAAAGUAUGCAGGAUAAAUAAACUCAGCAAAAAAAGAAACAUCCUCUCACUUUCAACUGCUAUUUUUACGUUAAUUUUCAGCAAACUUAACGUGUAAAUAUUUGUAUGAACAUAAAAAGAUUCAACAACUAGGACAUAAACUGAACAAGUUUCACAGACAUGGAAUAAUGUGUCCCUGAACAAAGGGGGGUUCAAAAUCAAAAGUAACAAUCAGUAUCUGGUGUGGCCACCAGCUGCAUUAAGUACUGCAGUGCAUCUCCUCCUCAUGGACUGCACCAGAUUUGCCAGUUCUUGCUGUGAGAUGUUACCCCACUCUUCCACCAAGGCACUUGCAAGUUCCCGGACAUUUCUGGGGGGAAUGGCCCUAGCCCUCACCCUCCGAUCCAACAGGUCCCAUACAUGCUCAGUGGGAUAGAGAUCCGGGCUCUUCGCUGGCCAUGGCAGAACACUGACAUUCCUGUCUUGCAGGAAAUUACACACAGAACAAGCAGUAUAGCUGGUGGCAUUGUCAUGCUGGAGGGUCAUGUCAGGAUGAGCCUGCAGGAAGGGUACCAUAUGAGGGAGGAGGAUGUCUUCCCUGUAACGAACAGCGUUGAGAUUGCCUGCAAUGACAACAAGCUCAGUCCGAUGAUGACACACCACCCCAGACCAUGACGGUCCCUCCACCUCCAAAUCGAUCCCGCUCCAGAGUACAGGCCUCGGUGUAACGCUCAUUCCUUCGAUAAACGCAAGUCCGACCAUCACCCCUGGUGAGACAAAACCAUUACUUGUUAGUGAAGAGCACUUUUUGCCAGUCCUGUUUUGUCCAGCGAAGGUGGGUUUGUGCCCAUAGGCGACGUUGUUGCCGGUGAUGUCUGGUAAGGACCUGCCUUACAACAGGCCUACAAGCCCACAGUCCAGCAUCUCUCAGCCUAUUGCGGACCGUCUGAGCACUGAUGGAGGGAUUGUGCGUUCCUGGUGUAACUCAGGCAGUUGUUUUUGCCAUCCUGUACCUGUCCUGCAGGUGUGAUAUUCGGAUGUACCGAUCCGGUGCAGGUGUUGUUGCACGUGCCACUGCGAGGACGAUCAGCUGUCCUUCCUGUCUCCCUGUAGCACUGUCUUAGGCAUCUCACAGUACGGACAUUGCAAUUUAUUGCCCUGGCCACAUCUGCAGUCCUCAUGCCUCCAUGCAGCAUGUCUAAGGCACAUUCACGCAGAUGAGCAGGGACCCUGGGCAUCUUUCUUUUGGUGUUUUUCAGAGUCAGUAGAAAGGUCUCUUUAGUGUCCUAAGUUUGUGACCUUAAUUGCCUACCGUCUGUAAGCUGUUAGUGUCUUAACAACCAUUCCACAGGUGCAUGUUCAUUAAUUGUUUACGGCUCACUGAACAAGCAUGGAAAACAUUGUUUAAACCCUUUACAAUAAAGAUUUGUAAAGUUAUUUGGAUUUUUACAAAAUUAUCUUUAAAAUACAGUGUCCUGAAAAAGGGACAUUUCUUUUUUCUUGCUGAGUUUAUUUAAUGGCUUUUUAUUUAAUGUCUUCUUUCUGUAUGUCUCUGAUAGCAGCUGACAUUAUACUGUAUGUUCUGUGAGAAGAAUUUACUUUUUCUUUUUGUUUUUUUUUUUUUGACUUUAUAUAUUAAGAAGGAAUUAUUGAUGGUUUAUUAUUUGUGGAGGUAAACAUAGUGUGGUAUAAAAGUCAUCCUCACUACCACUGAUCUUGUAGCUCAUGACAGAUAAACCUGUUAAUAUAUCAAUUACAUUUGAAAAGCAGAGUUGAUGUACUGUACAAACUCAGUGUGUUCUUGAAGUGGAAGCUUGAAUUACUUACAGUAGGACUUAAAUGGCGUGAGAUAGCUCUAUUGUUUUGCAGUCUACUAGUGCCUUCUGCUGGAGAGUUGUUCUAAUGUCGGGAGCUUCUACAUUGUUCAAGUGUCAAAGUAAUUUUUUUCCUUCAAUUAUGAGACUGUACUGAAACACUGUAGAGGAGUAACAUAUUUAAGCAUAAGUAUAGUAUAUUCUUAUAGAAUAUAAACAAUAAAUGUUAACUUAAACUUCAAUUCUGAUUUAAUUUAAUUUAUUACAGUCGAUGUGCUUAAAUCAAAUAGCACUUUUUUUUUCUGCUUUUGAAUUUUCUCAGCUUUUUGGUUCUUCACGCUUGCCUGUUUGUCCUUGAUAAAAGCAAUUUCAUGACAAAGUGACUUUAUUUAUUUAUUUGAAUACCACCUACUGUUCUAACCCCAUUACCACAGUAAUAAAAUUAUAUAGCAUGAAGGUCCCUCAGAAAAUUGGUUUCUUACCACAGAACAACCAGUAAAUUAUUCAUCCAUUAAUACACAAAAGACAUUUUAGAUGAAGACAGUCACCCAUUUUUACCCCUAGCUCCUUUUAUUGAUGGUAAUAUUUAUCCAUUUAUUUAUCAAAUCUAACUUUCAAAAGCAGAUGAAAACAUCCUUGUGCAGAUGACAUGAUUUGUGACUGUGUGACUGUGAAGAUGGAUUGUGUCAGUGUUGUGUGUUAAUGGCCUGUUAAAGCUCCCUUUGGAUAGGUGAUUUACUAAUGUUACAGAAAAGAACUCGUGUUCCAGCAUUUAGACAACACAAUCAAUCACGUACAGUGUGGCCUGACACUCUUGCAUGAUUUCAGCAAAUGUAUGCAGUUUUCUGUAGCAUGUUGACAGAUGCAGAAUGAGGUAAAUGAGGUGUGCUCUUUUGGCAUUUUUCUGUGAAUGGACGGAGCUCUAAAUAUGCAUACUAAUAUAUGUUUGAAUAUUAGAGAGCUUAAUGAUUGUCAUUUUUCUUAAAGGUAUAAUUCACCCAAAAAUUUAAAUUCUGUCCUUAUUUACUCUCCAUCAAACAAGGUUAUUAUAGCUUUAGGUUUUUAAUUUAGUUUUAAUUUUAAUUUAGUAUUCAAUUUCAAAUUAUUAUUUAGUUUAUAUUCAGUUAUUUUACCAAGGACUUACAAAUGUGGAGGUUCACUUUCACUGACCACUUUAUUAGGUACACCUACUUAUUCAUACGAUUAUUCAAUCAGUGUGGCAGCAGUGCAGUGCAUAAAAUCAUGCAGAUACGGAUCUGGACCUUCAGUUAAUGUUCACAUCAACCAUCAGAAUGGGGAAAAAUGUGAUCUCAGUGAUUUAGACUGUGGCAUGAUUGUUGGUGCCAGUCAGGCUGGUUUGAGCAUUUCUGUAGCUGCUGGUCUGGAAAAAAAAUCCAGUUGUACCUUUUGUCUGAAAAUCUCAUCUGAGGUAGUAUAGAUCAAGAAUUUAUUACCUAAAUUAGAUAUAUUCAAAUUAAAAAAUUAAUGAAAUGGAACACAUUUUAAAUUUGCAUAGUGCAGACACAAAAAUGAAAUAAAUGAUAUGUGCAGAUCAACAGCAACACAAACACUUUAUUUAUAGUGAGAGAAAUCUGUUAUUGAUCUGUAGUCAGACAACUUGCUGAUAACAUCAUUAAUAAUGUCUGUGGCACAAUGAUGUGAUGUGAUAAGGGUUUGUCAAUUAAAUGUCCUGGUGGCUGUGUUUCAAGGAGGCAGUGUCUGUUCAGAAUGGAAUAUUUGCUUCUUAGAAUACUGUAAACUACACUGUACUGCCUACUGCUCACUGUUAUAUAGUAAGUAAAGCAUUGGUAUUAUUCCACAAUACACAUUUUAAACAAUAGUUUUCUUGAUUGUUGUCAUGACCUCAUCAUGUUGCAUGUUUAUUGAACAAGUGCCAUUCAUUUAUCAUCCAAUUUUGUAUAUAAACGACUUAACAUUUGGCAGUUCAAUAAAAUAAUGAGUCAAGAAAAAUCCAGUUCACUUCCAGUUCAUUCAUCAUACUGAAAAUGGAAGGUCAAGUUAAGCGCAAUGUUGUGGAAUACAGUAUUCCACACAUUAAGCUCUGUCAUAUCCUCCUGAGACCUGAGUGUGACUGAUUUAUGCAUUUUUCCAUUUCCCUUUUUGAUUUGUAACUAGUAGCAAAUUGUCCACAUAUUUGGACAGCAGGAAUACAGCAAGUUAUACAAUUGUAAAUAAUACCAAGCUAUAGAAAGUCUUUAUUAAAGUGUUUAUUAUGUUUCCAGGAGUGUUGGUUAUUCAUGUUUUUGAGACGUUACAGACAUUAUAGCGGAUUUACUGUAAAGUUGCUUUGGAAUAAUGUGUAUUUGGAAAAGCACAAAUAAAAAACUACAAAUAAAAAUGAUUUGACUUAUGUUGCAGUGGGGUUUUUCUACUUUGGCAACAAAAUCUCAAUGUUUGCUCUUUGCACUGUCAAACAAACAAGUGAUAGCCAGUGCUGAAGCAUUUUACCAGUCAGAAAUAAGCAUAAUUAAUUCUGAUACAAGUAAUGGCCAUCAUCAU